UACUCGGUGGGACAGAGAGCCUGAAUAUUGGGAUUGUUCAGUGUUAAUUGUGAGUGCGAUUUGAGAAGACUUGCCUUCUACAAGGCGUCAUACGAGAACAGCGGUGCUUAUAAGCUCACAAUAAACCCCACCACAACACACAAUGAAAAUGGGAAACAACCCAGAAAUCGUGCAAGAAUUUGAAGAGGACGAAGAUGGGCCGCCGCCUGGGUUUCAGUCCAUCAUCACUCCGCAGCCACCCCAACAGAAUUUUCCGUCUGACAAAGCUGAAGCCGGUGACGGAAGUGGCGGUGAAGAAGAAGGUCCACCGCCUGGGUUCCACCCUAACGAUCUGCCUCCGCCACCACCACAGCCAUCUUCCGACAUGGAAAUAGGGGGCAAACAAACUCACAUUGAAGAUGAUAAAGAUGGUCCCCCACCAGGAUGGGAAUCUAAUACUCUUUCUCAAAUGUUACCAUCAAAACCACCAUCAUAUACAGCAGAUAUUGAAAUGAGGGGCAAACGAGAUGGCAUUCAAGAUGGCGGGGAAGGUCCCCUAACAGGGUGGGAAUUUAGUACUCUUUCUCAAGCGUUACCAUCAAAAUCACAAUCAAAUAUAGCAGAUAUGGAAAUGAGGGGCAAACAAGAUGGAUUUGAAGAUGACAUAGAUGGGCCCCCUCCAGGAUGGGAAUUUUGUGCCCUUUCUCAAGCAUUAACAUCAAAACCACAAUCAGAACUCACUUUGGAUACAGGAGAUAUUAAAGUGGAGAGGAAUGAACUGCAUGAAGUUGAAGAUGAUGGCCCCCCGCCUGGAUGGGAAACAAUUUUUCCACAGCAGAUGCUGCCGCCAUACAAACCACCAUUGCAGCCAUCAUUACCUGUUUCUUCUGGACAUGAAAUGGGGAGCAAAAGAGAGAGAAAAAAUGAUGACGAAGGACGUCCAUCAGGUUCUCGACCUGAAUCCAUGCCAGAACAAUUGUCACAGUUGCUGCCAUCAUCAGCACCCCCUGCUGAUAUAAAAUUGGGGAGCAGAGAAGUUGAGACUAAGAAUGGGGACAAAAGGCCUGUCUCUGUGCCUUCUCCACAGCGACUACAACCUAGGACUCUUCCAUCACCACCACCUGUGGCAUCAUCACCUUCUGGUCAGACUACAGAAAAGGCUCAAUUAGUUUGUGGAACUUGCCGCAAAUUGCUUUUGUAUCCACGAGGAGCAAAAUGGGUCCAAUGUCCAGGCUGCCAGGAAGUCAAUUUUGUCCUAGAAGCUCAUCAAAUUGGACAAGUUAAUUGUGGGGGUUGUGCAGUUUUACUUAUGUACCCACAUGGAGCACCAGCGGUUCAAUGUUCUUCUUGCCAUUUUGUGACUCAAAUUGGAGCACACAACAGGCGACCUCUCCUUUCUGUUCAACAGGCUCAGAGAAGGCGUCGUGCCAACAGACGUCGUUAGACUGCUCAUAUCUUUUUAAUUUACAACUGAAAAUAUAAUCCAAAAACCUAUGUCUGCCAAAUGUUUCUCAUCUCUCAGUUAAGAGGUUUUCAUUGCCAUCUUGAGGAAAAUGAAUGUUUGUCUAAACUUAUACCCAAGCAUUUUACAAAUUGCGACUUUUAUGAACUCCAAUUUAGAAUAUGUAGUCUUUAUGCUCUUUAAGUUGGUGCCAUGUGCAUCCAAUUUGAAACUCUCUUUACCCAUAUCAUUUUCACAUAAAUGUUGAUCUGCAAUAGUGAUGACUACUCUUGCACUACUUUUUAGCUUUGGCUUUCCAACAUGCAUAUGAAUUUUUGCACUUUUGUCUAACUGCUUACACCUGACUACUAUAGCAUUCUUAAUAUCCCUGUCUAGUUGUAAUUGCCAUCAUGAUUUUUGUCAAGCACCUAUUGAGUGCAAUCCCACACGUGUUGUUGUACGAUAAUCUUUUAUAAUAAUCAUCUAUCUGCUUCCCCUAGUCUGGUGUUGCAGUGCCAUUUGGAUCCUUAAUAUUCUUCAAUCUUUAGCCUUGAAGACUCAAUACCGAAGAUCAGUUUCUGACAUUUUGCUUAUCUUGAUGCACUUCAUCAUUAGCAAUGUCAGCAGUAACAUGCUGGUUUGCACUACUAUCAACAUACCAAGUAUUCUCUGUUGGAAAUAUUAGUUACACACUUCUCAUUGUGAAGAGAAUCGGAUUGUGCCACCAUAGCUGCUAAUUGUUGAGAUGGAUGACACCCCUGCACACAAGUUGAAUGAAUUUCAGGUGGAGUCUCUUGGGGAGCGUGUACAUUUCUAUGGGAAAUCAAAGACAAUUCGUAUUGAUUCCAAUCUUGAAUCAGGUAGAGUUCUGUUCAAGCAACUCAGGUAAGAGUGAAUGGAAUGCUGAACAGAAAGGGACUAAUGGCAGGUUCUACGUGAAAUUUUGAUUUUGCUAUCAUCCAGGUGUACCUUAAUUAUUUUAUUUUUCCAUUUUUAUUCUUUUAAAUGAAAUUCUUUGAUACUCUGCCGAAAUUAUGGAAUCUGGGUGGUGAUGAUGUUUAAGUUCUUAAGAAAUUAUCUCAAUGUCGAGCAUAUUCCUUU